AUGGGGACCACGGAAGCCACGCUCCGCAUGGAGAAAAUGGACAUGAGGCAGGAUUGGGGGGACCAAGAGCCACCCAGGCCGUCCCCGGAAGACGCGGGAACGGAUGCGCUCGGCGGCUCGGCAGCAGACACGGCCUCCCCUCCCAGCACGCUGAACUUCAACGGCGCCCACCGGAAGCGGAAGACAUUGGUAGCCCCAGAGAUCAACAUCUCCCUGGACCAAAGCGAGGGCUCCCUGCUGUCCGACGACUUCCUGGACACGCCCGACGACCUGGACAUUAAUGUGGAUGACAUUGAGACUCCCGACGAGACGGACUCGCUCGAGUUCCUGGGGAAUGGCAACGAGCUCGAGUGGGAAGAUGACACCCCAGUGGCCACCGCCAAGAACAUGCCUGGAGACAGCGCAGAUCUGUUUGGGGACGGAGCGGCCGAGGACGGCAGCGCCGCCAACGGGCGCCUGUGGCGCACGGUCAUCAUCGGGGAACAGGAGCACCGCAUCGACCUGCAUAUGAUCCGGCCGUACAUGAAGGUGGUCACCCACGGAGGGUACUACGGCGAAGGCCUCAACGCCAUCAUUGUCUUUGCGGCUUGCUUUCUCCCCGACAGCAGCUGUGCCGACUACCACUACAUCAUGGAGAACCUCUUCCUGUAUGUCAUCAGCAGCCUGGAGCUCCUGGUGGCCGAGGACUACAUGAUAGUGUACCUGAACGGGGCCACGCCGCGGCGCCGGAUGCCGGGCAUCGGCUGGCUGAAGAAAUGCUACCAGAUGAUCGACAGGAGGUUGCGGAAGAACCUCAAGUCUUUGAUCAUUGUUCACCCGUCGUGGUUCAUCCGGACCGUGCUGGCAGUGUCCCGUCCCUUCAUCAGUGUCAAGUUCAUCAGCAAGAUCCAGUACGUGCACAGCCUGGAGGACCUGGAGCAGCUGAUCCCGAUGGAGCAUGUUCAGAUUCCUGACUGUGUCCUCCAGUACGAAGAGGAGCGGCUGAAGGCCAGGAGAGAGAGCGCCAGACCCCAGCCCGAGUUUGUGCUGCCCAGGCCCGAAGAGAAGCCAGAGGCGGUACUGGAGGAAGACAGGUCUGCGGAGGCCACGCAAGAUGAGGAAACAAGCCCUUGGAGGCAACAGCCCCGGCCAAGCCGGCUGCAGCCCGCCAUGCCCACCACGGCGCCCCUGGACCGGGCAGGGGAAGACUCGGCUCCCCGCACAGCCCUGGGGGCCGAGGUUGGGACUCCAGGGAAUCUGAUGGGUGUCAGCGGUUGA